AUGUGGGCUGCCGUAUUCCAUGAGGGUGUGCUGGCGCUCAUCAUCAUCAACAAGGCCGGCGGUCUCAUAUACAACCGCACUUUCUCUGAAGGACUCAACCAGCUGAGCACCAACGACUAUCUCGUCCUCGCUGGUACAUUUCAUGGAGUCCACGCCAUCACAACUCGCCUCAACCCCUUGAAGGCACAUCAACCCCGGCCGGAACCUGGCUCGCGCCCCGAGCCCCCCAACGGCUUGGAGGUGCUUGAGACGGAGAACUUCCGGAUGCAGUGCUUUAACACUCAGACCGGCAUAAAGUUCCUGCUAUUCACCGACACCUUGCAGACCGGUAUCACGGAAGGCACUGUGCGCAAGGUUUACGAGCUGUAUUCCGACUACGUCAUGAAAAACCCCUUCUAUCAGCUUGAAAUGCCAGUGCGCUGUGAAAUGUUUGAUCGGAAGCUGAACUCGUAUAUCCGGGAGAUUAAUAAUUCUCGGUGA